AUGGCCUUGAACGAUGGCCUCGCCAGGUUCAAGCUGCAGCAGGAGAGGAACCAAGCGGCUCUAUCCGCCAUCGCCGCAGCAAAAACUUCUUCAUCAUCAUCAUCCACCAGGCCGUCGCCGUCCCAGCAGCAACCCGGUGCAGCUCCAACUCCAAGGCCGGCGGCUAAACCAUCGCCGCCAUUGGCCGCCGGAGCACAGAUCAGAUUCUCCGAUGACACAGCACGCCUACAGAAGAUCAAUGAAGUUAGGAGGUCCCCCGUCGGAAAACAGAUCAGAGAUGUCAUCGCGCUGCUCGAGAGGACGAGGGAAGCUCUCACGGCGCACCAGAUAAACGAGAAAACCUACGUCGACAUCGAUGGCGCCAUCGCCGAGCGCCUGAGGAACAACCCCAAGGUGCGCUUUGACGGGGAGCGCUACUCGUACAAGCGCACGCACGACGUCAGGGGCAAAGACGAGCUGCUCUCGCUCGUCGGAAGCUUCCCCGACGGCCUCCCGGCGUCGGAGGUGGAGGACGCGUAUCCAUCCGUGCUGGAAGACCUGCAGGCCCUGAAAUCUUCAGGCGACAUCUUUUUGCUGCCGGUCGAGAGAGACAUGAUUGCCUACCCGGAUGACCCGAGGUCGAGGAUGGAGGUGGACGCCGAGCUCAAGAAGAUGUUCCACGACAUCAAGCUGCCGGUAAACAUGGUGGACGUCGAGAAGGAGCUCCGGAAGAACGGCGAGAAGCCGGCCACCGACACGGCCAAGAGGCGUGCCGCUGAGCAGAUCCAUGGCCGGCAACCGGAGCCGGAGAAGGCCAGGAAGAAGCCGCGCGGGAUCACCAGCAGGACCAAGCUCACCAACGCUCAUCUCCCGGGACUCUUCGACCUGCCUGUAGAUAAUAAGGACUCGAAAGAUUUCAUCUGA